CCAAGAUGGCCACCCUCUACGAGAUGGAGCCCGAUGAUCGUCACAGAUUCCCCAAGGUGACGGAUGACGACAAGGCGGACCACCUGCAGAAGCUCCUCCGCAACCGGUUCGAGGUCCUCACCGGCUACGCGGACAUGAAGAAGCAGACCGCGGAAAUCGAGAAGAGGUUCAAGUACUACGACAGGAACAACUCCGGCACCCUCGACUUCGCCGAAUUCGACGCCGCGCUGACCGAGAUGAACCUCGGCGAUGCGCCCAAGGGAGAAAUCAGGGCGCUCUUUGACCGCUACGACGCCAACGGCGACGAGCAAGUCUCCUACUCCGAGCUCAUUAACGGCGUGUUCGAGGUCCAGCCCCACCCUUUGGCGCAGAAGGAGUCGCGCCGGAUGCUGGAAAACAUCCGCGCGCAGAUCGCCAAGCGCGGCGGGUUGAACGGAAUCCGUAGCCUCGGCAGGUCAUUCCGCAUUAUGGACGACAGCGGCAACGGCAAGAUCGAGCCUGAAGAGCUCCUGUACGGCCUCAGGGAUCAGGGCGUCGAGAUUGAGAGGACCGAGGUCGAGCAGAUCAUGCUCCACUUCGACAAGGACGGGGACGGCAACGUCGUGUUCGACGAGUUCCUCAGGGCGCUCCGCGGUAAGAUGAACCAGCGUCGCAAGAACCUCGUGAAGCUGGCCUUCGGACAGCUGGAUAAGACCGGCGACGGCGUCGUCACCAUGGAGGACCUCAUGAGCAUCUACGACGUCUCCGAGAACCCGGACGUCAUCAACGGCAUUCUCACCCCGGACCAGGCCUUCCAAGAGUUCGCCAAGGUCUGGGACAGGGACCGCAGCGGCUCCAUCCACCUCGAUGAGUUCAUCGACUACUACCAGGACGUCAGCGCGAGCAUCGACAACGACGACUACUUUGAGCUCAUGAUCCGCAACGCGUGGCACAUCUCCGGCGGCGAGGGCCAAUACGAGAACACCGCCAACCUUCGGGUGCUGGUGAUCCACGACGACGGCUCGCAGGAGGUUGUGGAGAUCCAGGACGACCUCGGCCUGGACGUCAACGACUUCCCGGCCAUCAGGAAGAAGCUCUUCAUGCAGGGCGUGAAGAACAUUAAGAAGGUUGAGGUGGCAUCCGCGAUGUAAAGAGUUUUAAGCCCCGAGAUUUUCUUGUGAUAAUAAGCUGCCUUUGCCUU